CUUUUUCCCCCACUCACACAAAACCAUCUUCACCUUUAUAACAAACUCUGUCUCUCUGUCUCUCUCUCUCUCUCACAGCCCAAAAUUUCUAACACACUUUAAAAAAAAAAAAAAACAGAGAGAGAACAAACACCAUGCCUGAGGCUCCAAAGAUCUCAUUGAAACCCACAGACUACAAUCUUGUAGAGAAAAACAAGAAGACACUUCAGUUCAUUGAAGAUGUCACUGCUAACGCUGAUGAAGUUCAAGAACGUGUUCUUGGUGAAAUACUCACAAGCAAUGCUAAUGUGGAGUACUUGAUGAAACAUGGUCUCAAAGGUCACAAUGACCGUGAGACCUUCAAGAAAGUCAUUCCUGUCAGCACCUACGAGGAUAUCCAACAGGAAAUCAAUCGUAUAGCCAAUGGUGACACUUCCAAAAUCCUCUGCUCAAAGCCCAUUUCUGAGUUCUUGACAAGCUCGGGGACAUCAGGUGGAGAGAGAAAAUUGAUGCCCACAAUAGAAGAAGAGCUAGAGAGGAGGUCACUGCUCUAUAGCCUCUUGAUGCCUGUGAUGAGCCAAUUUGUUCCUGGCCUAGACAAAGGCAAAGGAAUGUACUUUUUGUUCAUAAAAUCUGAGGCUAAGACACCUGGAGGCCUUUUGGCUCGCCCUGUUCUCACUAGCUAUUACAAAAGUUCCCACUUCAAAGAAAGGCCCUAUGACCCUUACACAAACUACACUAGCCCAAAUGAAACCAUCCUUUGCCCUGACUCUUACCAAAGCAUGUACUCACAACUUCUUUGUGGCCUUUACCAAAACAAAGAAGUCUUAAGGGUUGGCGCAGUUUUUGCCUCUGGCUUCAUUCGCGCAAUCCGGUUCCUUGAAAAGCAUUGGACCCUUCUUUGCAAUGAUAUUCGAAGUGGAACUAUGAACCCCCAAAUUACUGACCCUUGUGUUAGAGAGGCUGUCAUGAAGAUCCUCAAACCUGAUCCUAUGUUGGCAGAUUUCAUUGAAGCCGAGUGUUGCAAAGAUUCUUGGCAAGGAAUUAUAACUAGGUUGUGGCCCAACACUAAGUAUGUGGAUGUUAUUGUGACUGGGACCAUGUCACAGUACAUUCCAAUUCUUGAUCACUAUAGCAAUAACCUCCCACUUGUGUGUACCAUGUAUGCUUCCUCUGAAUGCUACUUUGGUGUAAACCUUAAUCCUCUUUGCAAGCCUAGUGAAGUUUCCUACACCCUCAUUCCCACCAUGUGCUAUUUUGAAUUCCUUCCUGUCCACAGAAACAAUGGGGUCACCAACUCUCCCAACGUGCCCAAAUCUCUUACUGAAAAAGAACAGCAAGAAUUGGUGGAUCUAGUUGAUGUCAAGCUUGGCCACGAAUAUGAGCUUGUUGUUACAACUUAUUCUGGACUAUAUCGCUAUAGAGUUGGUGAUGUGCUCCGAGUGGCUGGAUUCAAAAACAAGGCACCUCAGUUCAACUUCAUAUGCAGGAAAAAUGUGGUCCUCAGCAUUGAUAGUGACAAGACUGAUGAAGUUGAGCUUCAAAAUGCGGUGAAAAACGCUGUGAACCAUUUAAUGCCGUUUGAUGCAACUAUUUCUGAAUACACUAGCUAUGCUGACACCAAGAGCAUCCCAGGCCACUAUGUGCUUUUUUGGGAGCUUAGCCUUAAUGGGUCAACCCCAAUUCCACCAUCAGUGUUUGAAGAUUGUUGCUUGACCAUUGAAGAGUCCCUCAACAGUGUUUACCGCCAAGGCCGUGUUUCUGACAAGUCAAUUGGGCCCCUUGAGAUCAAGAUUGUUGAGCCCGGAACCUUUGAUAAGCUCAUGGACUAUGCGAUUAGCUUAGGGGCUUCUAUUAAUCAAUAUAAGACCCCUAGGUGUGUUAAAUUUGCACCCAUUGUUGAGCUCAUGAACUCGAGGGUCGUUUCAAGCUACUUUAGUCCCAAAUGUCCCAAAUGGGUCCCAGGACACAAAAAAUGGAAUAAUGGAGAUUAAAGGGGAUGAGGGACUGUGGCCAAGACCAAGACCAAGUAGUUAAAUUUAGAACUGUUUUUGUGAUGUUUUAGGAAAAAAGUUAAUUUAUCCUUUUUUAGGUUAACCCCAUGUUUUUAUGUUACCCUCUUCUUUUUUUCUUUGAAUAUUUUAGUCUUUGUCUAGUAUGCAUAGAGACUCUGAAUUAGCCUGUGUACAAAAACAGUUCCUGGUUCAAGGAAAGCUUUUCUUCUUUUUUU